AUGGAAUAUUCACAGAUAUCAGACGGACAGUACACAAAAACUAUUUAUACCAUGAUUCGAGAAUCCAAAUAUGAGGACGCGAUAAAAGCUCUUAACGAUGCUAUGAAUUUUAACCCAAACAGAGCCGGCUUAUCUUUACUUGGCUAUUGUUAUUAUAGACUGCAGUCAUUUGUGGACGCUGCAAAUUGUUACGAACAACUAUCUGCUAUGCAUCCUGAAAUUCCCGAAUACAAACUACACUUUGCACAGGCCCUAUACGAAGCGUCAAUGUUCGACGAAGCCUACAAAGUAACUUUACAAAUAAAUGCUCCAGAAUUAGAAAGAAAAGUAAUAAAACUACAGUCUGCUAUUAAAUAUGGUGUCGAAGAUACAAUAAGUGCAAAAUCUCUUGUAGAUUCAUAUCCACAAGAUGAUUCUGACAAAGAUAUUAACUUGGGAUGCUUAUUGUAUAAGGAAAACCAAUAUGAAGAUGCGUUACAGAAAUUCUCUAAAAGCUUAAAUAUUCUAGGCUUUAAUGCUCAUCUCCAUUACAACGUUGCGUUAUGCUAUUUUAAGCUCAAAGAAUAUCCACAAGCCUUGAAACAUAUAACUCUUGUAAUUGAAAAGGGAAUCAGAGAUCACCCUGAACUAUCAGUCGGUAUGCAAACUGACGCAUCUGAAGUUAAAUCUAUAGGAAAUUCUUUAACCUUACACGAAACUGCACUUAUAGAAGUGUUUAACUUAAAAGCUGCUAUCGAAUAUCAAUUAAAAAAUAUCGAGCCUUCCAGAGAAGCUUUAGCUGAUAUGCCUCCAAGACACGAACAUGAGUUAGAUGCUGUAACACUUCAUAACUUAGCCCUUACAUCGAUUGAUCUUAAGCCCACAGACGGCUUUGAAAAACUUCAUUUUUUGCUACAACAAGAUCCAUUCCCUUCGGAAACAUUCGCUAACUUACUCCUUCUUUACUGUAAGUUUGAGUACUACGACUUAGCCGCAGAUGUCUUAGCUGAGAAUGCCCAAUUCACAUACAAGUACCUAACUCCUUACCUUUACGACUUCUUGGAUGCCGUUAUAACGAGUCAAACGUCGCCAGAGGAAGCGUUUCAAAAGUAUGAGGAUAUUGCUUCAAAGCAUGCUGAACAAUUAAGAAAACUUACGAAAGUAGUCCAAGAGAGUCGUUCUCAAGGCGACAAUGAUCAAGUUAAGAAGGCUGUGGUAGAGUAUGAAGAAGCUUUGGAAAGAUAUAUUCCCGUAGUAAUGGCUCAGGCUAAGCUAUAUUGGGACAAAGAGAACUAUGGGCAAGUUGAAAAGAUUUUUCGUAAAUCCGUUGAAUUUUGUAAUGAGUCCGACGUGUGGCGUUUAAACGUCGCACAUGUUCUGUUUAUGCAGGAAAGCAAAUAUAAAGAAGCUGCCAAUUUCUACGAGCCAAUCGUAAAGAAACAGUAUAACAAUAUUUUAGAUAUAAGCGCCGUUGUACUAGCUAAUUUAUGUGUGUCGUACAUAAUGACGUCCCAAAACGAAGAAGCAGAAGAUAUUAUGCGUAAAAUCGAGAAAGAGGAGGAGCAGCAGAUAUUUGAAGACCCUGAAAAGAAAUUCUAUCACUUGUGUAUAGUGAAUCUGGUGAUAGGGACAUUAUAUUGCGCAAAAGGCAAUUACGAGUUUGGUAUCUCAAGAGUAAUAAAAUCACUUGAGCCGUUUAACAAGCGUCUGGGCACUGACACGUGGUUCUACGCAAAACGAUGUUUUUUAUCGUUCCUGGAGAAUUUAGCGAAACACUUGAUUGUCGUUAAAGAUAACACUAUAAAGGAGUGUCUGCAAUUUCUCGAAGGUUGCGAGACAUACGGCCGGCGUGUGAGUACCGUUAUCGAGACGCCAUUUCAUGAAGAUGACGCGAAUAAUAAAGCUAAACAAACCGUGACAUUUGAAGCUCGUGUACUUCGUUACAUGUUUUAUAAAUUAAGAAGUAUCGACGAUUCUGUUACAAUUAAUAAGUAUGAGGAUUUAAAAUAA